UAGAGAUGUUAAUAAGGAGAAACUUAAAUUUUGAUAUCGUAGAUAUUCGUAAAAAAGUAAAAAAAUAAAUGUUAUCAAUAUUUAUUUAAAUAUUUAAUAACAGGAAUAAUUAGAAAGAUUUACCAUCUGUAAAUUAAUAUUAUAGAUAUAGACAUAUAGAUACAUACAUAUAAGUAUAUUUGGCAAUAGGGCCAUUUUGCCCCAAACUCCUCACCAGUUGGUGGCGGUAAUGCACACCGGAAAGCUGUUUGCCAACCGCCAAUAAACACAAGAAGAAGAAGAAGAAGAAGAAGAAGAAGAAGAAGAAGAAGAAGAAGAAACCGGAAGCCGACGGCCGUUAUAAGGUGAAGGACUACACCUCUCGUUUCAUUCUCUACAGCGACAACAUUCUGAGCAUUAAGGAUUAUCCAGCCUUGAGCAUAAGAAGAAUCAGCAUUUCUGAAGGUUCUUCAAAGAACGUGGAACAAUUGUAAAGAUGCCUCGCGGCAAAGGUUUUCGCCGUACACAAGCCUUUAAAAGGAAGAUGGAAGACCCCAAACCACUGGAUGUCGAAAUCAAAGUUCAAGAAGGCACGUUUGUGGCUUGUCAAGGAACAGGAACGCAGCAUAGAAGUAGACCUUGGCCGACCUCUUCUGCCAACAAUACCUGCAAACUGGUCAUUCCACCAGAAUCAAAAGACAAGAAAUUUGUCUUUCUUAUCGGAGACUCUCAUCUAAGGGCUAUUGUGGAUGGAUUUGCUCCUAUUAAAGAAGAGAGUCUUUAUUUUGGAUUCUUGGCUGUUUCUGGAGGAGCAGCGUUGGACCUGAGAACCGAAAUCUUGAAUGCUGUGAUACCACGAAUACCUGAUUUAGUCUGUUUGUUAGCUCCAAGCAACACUUUGAAGAGAAGCACCGUUGUCAGUGAAGCUGGGAAACAGUUCCUAGCUCCUAACAACUGUUUGCACACUUUUUCCGAAGGUGUCUCAUACAAAUCAGUUGCUGAGCUGUUUCCAAUGAGAAAACUGCACCUGUGGAGCAGAGAUGGGGUACACCUAAGUGACGAUGAUGGGAUGAAAAUCCUAAAUAAAGCAAUAUAUGAGGCCUCACAUGAGCAGAUUCACAAGCCAACUGCAGAGACGGAGGUGAUGCCCACCAUGUCAUGCUCUCCUCCAAAGAUGCUUGAGCAGGUUCCCAAGCCAACUGCUGAAAAAGUCUCAAAGUUGCUUUGUACACCUGAGGUUCCAGUUGUGGCCCCACAAGAUCCCUUUGAAUGGAACAUUGUCGGAUCUCACAAUAAGACCUUUCCAACUUCAAGUAAACAAGAAAGCUGUACUUCGCCAAAGAGAGUACUCCAUUUAAAGGUGGAAGAACAAAUGGACUUUUCUGUGGAGCUCAAUCCAAAGUGGUUUGAUGGUGAAAUGCUGGAAAUAUUGGGGGAUGGCAACACACCAACUUUUGGAGAUGCUUCUAUUGCGCCAUUUCAAAAAACUAAGGUAAUACUGAUGGGGAAUGGUGUUUUGUUAAUAUGUGCAAUGUGUUAAUAUGUAUAAUUUUGAUCCCAAACAUUUUUGGCACUGUCUUUAAAUGAAUUGGCUAUUAAAAUUUGAAGGAAUGCCAUGUAUUAAAGUAUAAAUUAUUGACAAGACUUUUAAUCAUUUAGAACAAGGAAUAUAACAAAGUAAAUC